AUGGGUUUUGUUUACGGGGAGAUUAAAGCUGCAAAAGAAGAAAUUAUCAAAUCUUUGGGUGGUAACGAGAAACACUACAAGCCUAUUAUAGAUAUCAUAAACACAAAGAUGAAAGGUCGGCUAGAUUCAACUUUACAUUUAACAUCUUAUCUUUUGAAUCCGUAUUACCAUUAUAAUGAUGCACAACUCCAAUUUGUUCCCGAUGUAAUGGAUGCGGUUCUUGAUUUUUUUGAUACAUUAUUUCUUGGAGAUUUAGAGAUGCAAAGGCAAGUCGUAACUAUUGACUUGCCAAAGUACAAAAAAAAGUUGAUAGAUUUGGUUCCGAUCUUGCAAUUAAACAUUGUAAGGUACAUACAAAGAAACGACUUAGAUUGGAGACAAGCAAAUUGA